AUGUUUGUAUCAUCUUUAAUGCCUCUGCUUGCAGAGUAUUCUCUUCAGCCACCUCUUGCCGAUGCUCAAUCCAUUGUCAGUAAUGUCAAGGUUUUGUUUAGACAUUUGCUUGAACAGAUUCUUGCUAUUGAGGCAAAGCUGAAGGAGUCUCAGUACCAGCUAGCACCAUGGCGUUCUGAAGCCAAUCCUUCUAGUUUUCCUCAAUCAUCAUCUCAUCCUAAGAUGAAAAUUGGGCUGGAACUGGUGCCACGGCCGGUGUAUUCUAAUGGAAAAAUAACAUCUUCAGCUCCUCAUACAACAAUGGAUGGAGAUCUAAUGGGGCAUCAUCAGAGUGGUCUAGGUGCUGCCACAAAAAAUUCGGAGCCUGAUGACUUGGGGAGGUAUUCGCCUCUCUCAAGCAGGAACAUUGCAUUCCAAGUAGCACCUGCACAGCUUGCAGUCAACCAGGAUGAUUUGCUUUCCAUGCAGAAUGUUAAAGAAACUGUCAGAAAGAAAGUCACACUUGGUGACCUUGUUAGACAGAAUGAUAUGGACCCUGACACUGAAGGAAACCAGAAUGAUAGAGAGCCUUCUGUUAAUUGGAUUUCCGAAACGCCACAUACAACUAGUCUUGAUGAUCCCAACUCAUAUUCUCAUUUGCCACCAGUUCUCGAGGAACCUUCGUCCUCUUUUUCUGAGGAUCAGAAUUAUUUCAAUGAUGACCCACUACCUGCAAUAGAGGAUCUCCAAAUUUCAGGUGAAGCUUUUCCAGGACAGCAACUCACAGCAUGUGGAUACUCUAUAAAUGGGACUACCAGUUGUAAUUUUGAGUGGCUGCGUUAUUUGGAAGAUGGAUCUUUUAAUUUUAUAGAUGGUGCAAAGCAACCAAUUUAUCUUGUUACCGCAGAUGAUGUUGAUGCGUACCUUGCCAUCGAAGUCCAACCACAGGAUGACAGGAAGCGGAAAGGUAAACUCGUUAAGGUCUUCGCCAAUGAGCACAAAAAAAUCACUUGCGACCCUGAAAUGCAAAAUUGCAUAGAGAAGACACUUUACAGUGGUCAUGCUUCGUACAAAUUAUCCCUGUCGACUGGGUAUCUUGAUAUAUGGGAGCCAGCUACAUUGGCAAUAAAAAGGGAUGGUUACAGCAUCAAGUGUAAUGGACCUAGUCGUGUUGUCAUCGCCGAGAAGUUUUCACCAUCGAUAAGUGUCUCUAUUCCAUAUGGCAGUCCGACAGAAUUCCUUAUAGUUGAUUCUCAGGGGAUUGAGCAUCUUCUGAGGGUGGAGAAUAGUUCAGUGGAUAUUAGUGGUUCAAGGGAUACAGUGGUUCUUACCCUGAGGUCAUUCAUCAUUAAGGCUGGUGAAAAGAAGAACGGAAGGAAAGGAGGGCUCUUUUUCAACAAUGUUACAGAAUCUCACGCACAUCUAAAACUCAAGAUGUUGAUCGCAGAGAUUGUCUCCUCUGCACAACUAAAACAAAGCCCUAGGUGCGUCCGCUCGUAUCAAAAUCAACCUCCACAUCCGACUCCGAUUACGUUACUCUCGGCGGCCGCCGCCGACGGUCGGCUGUCAUUACACGAAGCUAAGGUGCCACUCAUUCGAAGUUUUGACGUAAUUGUGUUAAUCUGUAGAUUUCCCGAUACCGCUAGUAAUAAACAUGGUUACCAGGAAAAGUAUGCAGCUUAUUACAUUCUCUCAGGAAAUCGCAGAUGGAGAACCUAUCUAUGUUUCGUCUAA